AUGGACGUCGACAUCAACGAGCUUAUCCGUCUGGAGGCCGAGCUGAAGACCUCAUGUGAAAGUGAAACGUCGCCUGUUAGUCUAGACGCCAAGGUGAAUAUCCUCAAGUACCUUCAAGUCCAGACGGUAUUGCGGUUUCAAGGACAGUACGACGGUCUGUACUACGAGCUGAACAAGACGGGCGGCCUUGAGUGUCUUCGGGGCAUCGCCGCGGUUCGGUCGACGGAGCUCUUGCAGCCCAAGGUCUUGGGCCUACAGGACUGCAGUGAGGACGAGCAACUUGAAAAACAGCUACAGUUCUAUCUUGCGGAUGCUGAGCUUGCAAAGCCGAAUUUGGACGAGCUCGUUACGAAGGUUGCGCACGACUCGAGCAAGUACGAGGUUCAACGCGCGGAGGUCAAGUCACGGGAAAGCACGCGACGGAAGGCCAGCAGAGAGCAUGAUGGGGACGUCAGAAAGGUCGCUGACAUGGCUAGGGUGACCCUGAUCUGUGCUAACCCGGAGGCCCUGAAAGAGGCGUACUCGUCUAUCAUGGAGAUGCCUGAGCAACACGUUCUGCGGAUUAAAAACGGCUUCAACUCCGACUGGAUGCCUAGCGGCUAUCGGGAUGUGAAGCUGAACCCCGUCGUGAACGAGCACCUAUGUGAGAUUCAGCUGCACCUCCGCGAGUUCUUUGCAUUGAAAGGCGGCCAGCACGAGGUGUACAAGUGGGCGCGGGAUCUCAACGUCACUACGGGGAUGCGCAGUGAAGACCUUAUCAAAAAUCUUUCCCCUGAGGUAUCGAAGGAGAUGCUGCACCUGGCUGGGGAGAACUGGCGUGGAACUGCGUACGUUCUACCGGACCUACAGCUCGCUGCUGGACAAUACGACCUGGCCGAGAAGAGCCACCGACAGGGCAAGUAUAAGGAGGCGGAGACUCUGUUCAGGCGCUUGCUGGCUAUCAAUGAGAAAGUGUACGGUGCUGACCACCCGGAAAUCGCUACAGACCUCAACAACUGGGCGGAGUUCUUGAGGAGUCAGGGCAAGUAUCAGGAGGCUGAGCCUCUGUACGUUCGGUCGCUGGCUAUCGAUGAGAAAGUUUACGGUCCUGACCACCCGGAAGUCGCUACCGACCUCAACAACUUGGCGGGGAUCUUGGACAGCCAGGGCAGAUAUGAGGAGGCCGAGUCUCUGCAUGUUCGGUCGAUGGCCAUCCGUGAGAAGGCGUACGGUCCUGACCACCCGACGGUCGCCGUUAGCCUCAACAACUUGGCGGAGUUGUUGCGGAGUCAGUUGUUGAGAGAUCAGGGCAAGUAUGAGGAGGCGGAGCCUCUGUGCGUCCGGUCGCUGGCUAUCACUGAGAAAGUGUACGGUCCCGAUCACACGGAAGUCGCCACGGGCCUCAACAACUGGGCAGAGUUCUUGAGAGAUCAGGGUAAGUACGGCGAGGCUGGGCCGCUGUACCAGAGAGCACAGGAGACAAUGGAGAAAUCGUUGGGGAAGGACCAUCCAAACGUUGCCACAAUUUUGAAUAACCUGGGCUUGGUGUUGGAGAAUCAGGGCAAGUAUGAGGAAGCCGAGCCGUUGCAUGAGCGGUCACAGGCCAUACGAGAGAAGAUGCUGGGUCCAGAGCACCCUGAUGUAGCCGUAUCGCUCAGCAGCCGGGCGUCGUUGUUGCUCCGGCAGAGACCAAGCCACUACAUGCGCGCUCAGAAACCAUAACAAAGGGACGGUCUGUGUCUGUAGCACCGGAAUGUCGCCCAGGCGCUCAACAACCGGGCGGGUGGGUUUGAGAUGACGUUCUCCGCAGUUAUAAACCCCCCAUUGGCCUGACGCAUCCAACUCUAACACGCUAUGAACGACUGCACGUUUGGCUGAUCCACUCUAUGCGCGUUGAUAGUUGAACUUCGAAAGGGCCUUGGAUUCCGAACCCCAGAAUGUGGCAAAAGCCCUGAAACAACCGGGCGGGGUUGUUCACCGAGAGUUUUUCGAUUUUUUUCGGGAUUUCUCAUGCAGUUCAUACUCAGCGGUGAAUCAUUUAGUUCCGGGUAGAUCACUCACAGUAACCCAAUGCGAGGUACACUGAUGCCGGUCCAUUCUACGAGCGAUCAUAAGCUGUUGGAAAUGAGGUGCUGGGCUAGUGGCUGUAUUUCCCGCUUGUGCUGAACUGGAUAUUCUGCGUCAAUGCACGAACGACUGGAUACCAAGGAGAAAUACACGGAGGCAAUCCCACUAUUGGAGAGGGCCCUGUCAAUCCGUACGAAGAGGCUUGGGAAAAAUCACCCACGCACAGUUGGGACUCGGAACAACCUCGAGUUUGGUCUAAGAAAGGUUCGUCCACCUCUGGACAAUCUUGUAGGCAAGCCUCGUGCACAAAGCAUUGACGAGAAGGACUGAUGGCGCUCAAUGAAUAUUGUGUGGUCCACGUGGCCAUGUGUGUGGGCGAGAUUGAAGA